AUGCUUAGAGAGAGUUACGCAUUCAGCACGCUCUGCCGUCCCCCCCCUUCCCCCGUCCCGUCGCGCGCGCAUUGCGCUCCCGCAGCGGCGCGCACUAAGCACCGUCCAGCAGAGCGCGCGCCUGCCCUUCCUUACGGCGUGCCCUGCCCUUCCUCAAUCCGCCCCUUCCCUCACCCUCCUCCUCCUUCCCUCUUUCCUUCGUGCUUCCCCCACUACCUCACCUCUUCCUCCUAUUUUCUCUCCCCAUCUGCUACGCCUCGCAGCUCCUUGUGGCGCGCCUUGCCCUUCCCACAAUCCGCCCCUUCACCCUCCUCCUCCUCUCCUCUCUCCCACUACGGCACAGCAGCGGACUUCUCUGCCACUAUCCCUCCUCCUUUGGUUUCUCCCCUCAUCGGCGCAGCAGCAGACUACUCCGCCACUUUCCCUCCUCCUCUGGUUUCUCCCCUCAUGGGCGCAGCAGCAGACUACUCCGCCACUUUCCCUCCUCUGGUUUCUCCCUUCAUCGGCUUAGCAGUAGACUACUUCGCCAUCUUCCCUCCUCCUCUCGUUUUCUCCUCGCAUCGACUCAGCAGCAGACUACUUUCCCUCCUCUUCUUGUUUCUCCCCUCGGCAGCUCAGCAGCAGACUACCCCGCCCUUAUUCCUCCACCUCUUAUACCUCUCCCCACAUCUACUCUGCAGUUGUUUCCUCCUCCUCAUGGUGACCUCUCUCGCCCUCCCCUCCCUCCCUCUGCUGUUCCUUCAGCUUGCGCCUGAUGGCAGUGCAGUCAACUUCCCCAGUUGGCUGAACUGUCUUGAGCGCAUGCUGUUUGGCACCCUAGUGAGUGGCUUUAACCUCUGGUUUGUCACUCAGCAGAAUGGUUUUGGCGCCAUUCCUACCUCUCCCUCUGCACCCACCUCUUCCUCCUGUGACCCCUAUGCUGGUGGCUUCCGUACUGCCAUUGCUUAA